UGAUGUCUGUAACUAUGGGGAUGUGUACAAGUAUGGUUGUUGUACAAUGUCAGUGUAAAUAAUUCAACAGUCGCAUCCACAGUUUUACAGACACAUCCAUAUUUUCAAGAUGACGAUGAACCAGAAAAUCAAUGAAUGUGGCUGGUUUUAUCAUGCACCAUUAAAACGCAAGGAAGGGGUUGAGCCAGUUGAAGUUCCUAUAACCUCCCAGAUUCCAGGUCUCAGUGACCUCCCGCCAGAGUUUGAUGAUAAACCACGUGAAAUGUACUACAAGGACACAGAUACAAAGUACAUCAGACUUGCAAAACAAGGAGGCAGAAAAGAUCUCCUCACAAUAAAUAACUGUACCCCCAAGCAGCGUGAGCCCAAGGGGUACCCGAGAGUGGACUGGUUCUACCUGGAAGACAAUGCUCAGGAGGAUGCCGUCAAAAAGGAAGAAACCCAGUGGGAGUUUCUGCUGCCGGAGUACAUGGUUCAUGAUUCCCAAAAGCCUGCAGUACACUUUGAGCCAGAGAGUGUCAGCAGUCUGAAGGAGAGGCGGGCCCCUUAUGCAUUUGACCUUACCACAGCAUAUGAGAGGGAGGGACAGACACUCACAGACAAGACGGUCAAGCUGCCAGAAGAGAUAAAAAGUGGGUAUGGCAUCCGGAACAGCAAAGCUCCUCAUUCCAAGAAGCAGGCCCCUCGGGAGCGAAGAGCUGUUGCCAACACGCAAGGGGACAAACCCAAACCCAAAUCUGCACAGUCGUCUAAGGCUACAGGUGAGCGACCUGCCAUGGACAAGCUGUUGUCAUAUGCCUAUGACAAGGAGUGGCACGGCAAAGUGAAGGACCUCCAUGAGAAGCAGGAGAAGCAGGACAACAAGGUGGUAAAUAACAGUCUCAAGUCGGAGUACAGAGACACCUUCCAGAAGUCGGGCGGGACCACUCGAACCAGGAGAGAUCGUACAGUAGAUAUUCUUUCUGAAAAGAUUACUGACAGAUCAUCUCCCGGACGCAACAGCACAGAGGAGAAAGAGCCAUUCAAACUUACAAAGUUCAAGAAUGUUCCAGCUCGCAUUGACACUCACCAGAAACCGGACACACAAAGGAAUCAGGCUACAAGUGAACAACAACAAGGUUUAUUCUAACUUCAGUCCAUUUUCAGUUUUUCUGUUUACAUUAAGUUAUAUAGAUAUGCAAUGCCAUACAGUAUGUUUCAUCAGAAUAUGUACAUGUGUCAGUGCUACGGGACUUGAAGGUCUUUCAAAAUGGGAUGCUUGAUGCCCUUAAGUGUACAUUUGUUCAGUUGUUAAGUUCAUCACUCACUGUACACUGAUGGUGCUUUAGUUUCUCAUGGUUACCAUAGAAACAGUAAGAUUCCACGGAGCCAACACGAGAAAUGAUUUGAUUCAUUUUGUUGUUUUACAAUUGCCGUUUAUCAUUUUUAUCACUUCCACAAUAUACAUCUACAUUAAACAUUUUAAACCUGCUCACAGACAGUUUGUCAGAAAGAACUGUUGACUUUUUUGUUGAAUUGUUUUACAGAAAUUAUUUGCAAAGUAUUGUUUUUACGAUAUCUUGUUAAAUAUAUUUGUCAAUGAUUUUUCCUGUACUUGACAAUGUUUCACAAACAAAAUAACUCAGAGGUUAAAUCCAACACAUUUUACAUUCCCGUUGAAACAUCUUCCUUGAGCAACACAGCAUUAUGAUUGUAAUAACAAAAACGUAUAAUGCUAUUUUUGUAUUGUGGGAGAUCAUGAUUUUUACUGUGAUAUUAAUACAUUUGAUUGUUUAAUUUCCAUUGCCAAAAAAUAAACUAAUACCUGAA